AAAAUCAUAUGCAAUAAAAAGUAGUGCUUUAAAGAAUUAACAGUCAUUCAAAUUUACCUCCAAGUUUCUAGUGAGCCAAUUAGAAACUCAGUCAAUUAUAACGUAAAAUGUUACGAACACUAAACUCUAUGUAUAUAGAAUUUAAUGGUCACAACGCUUUCGACAACAGCUGACAAGUCAUCGACUGCUGAGUAGUUGUAUUCAUCUAAUAUAUUCAAUAAAUAUUUAAAACGUAUCUGAUAAGGUGAUUUCUUAAGAACAAGUCAGUGUCAACAAGUCAGUGUUUUAUCAACCGUUGCUCAACAUGGCGAAUAAUAUGCGGAGAUUAUUAUUGAGAAUCGGUCGUGUGUGUCACGUUAAUCCCUCAAGGCAGAUCUCUGUCUCCGCAUCACUUCAAUCAAAACCCAUUUUUAAUUGGGAGGAUCCGUUUGAUCUGGAAUCCCAGCUGACACAGGAUGAGAUUCUGAUGAGAGAUCAGUUUCGUUCUUAUUGUCAGGAGAAACUGUUGCCGCGCGUAAUCGAGGCGAAUCGCAAGGAGCAUUUUGACCGGGAGAUUAUAAGGGAGAUGGGCCAGAUAGGGGUAUUGGGAUGCACUCUGAAGGGUUACGGUGCUGCCGGGGUAUCCUCGAUAGCGUACGGGCUUCUUGCCAAGGAGAUCGAGAGCAUUGAUAGCGGGUAUCGAUCCGCGUUAUCGGUACAGUCUUCUCUCUCGUGUGGUGCGAUUUAUAUGCACGGUACCGAUUCUCAAAAGGAGCGAUUUUUGCCUAAACUGGUUUCCGGCGAAAUAAUCGGCUGUUUCGGCUUGACGGAACCUAAUCAUGGUAGUGACGUAGAGUCCAUGGAAACUAGAGCGACUUACGAUUCUGAUAAAAAGACUUACAAACUUAAUGGCAGCAAAACAUGGAUUACGAACGCGCCCAUCGCCGAUAUAUUAAUAGUAUGGGCGAAAUGCGAUGACAAUCAGUUUCGCGGAUUUAUCGUUGAUAGAAAGGCUGCAGGAGAUCGAUUAUCUACUCCAAAAAUUGAAGGGAAACUUUCUCUAAGAACGUCCAUCACUGGAAUGAUUCUGAUGGACAACGUAAUUGUGCCCGAGGAAAAUGUGCUGAAUGUUCAAGGACUUAAAGGGCCUUUCAGUUGUUUAAACAAUGCUAAAUAUGGCAUCGCUUGGGGUUCGUUGGGUGCGGCGGAGACUUGCUUAAAGAUUGCUCGAUCUUAUACUCUGGAGAGACGACAAUUCAACAAGCCACUGGCAGCCAAUCAACUUAUUCAAAAGAAAUUGGCUGACAUGAUAUCCGACAUUGCGAUUGGUCUUCAAGCUUGCUUGCGAAUUGGUAGAUUGAUAGAUGAAAAUAGAGCCGUUCCGGAAAUGAUUUCUGUCAUAAAGAGAAACUCAAGCGGCAAAGCGUUGGAGAUUGCGCGAGCCGCGAGAGAUAUGCUGGGCGGAAAUGGGAUUUCGGACGAGUAUCAUGUCAUCAGACAUAUGGUGAAUCUGGAAACCGUAAAUACCUACGAAGGCACAAGCGACAUUCACGCGUUAAUCCUCGGGAGAGCAAUUACCGGUAUUGCUGCAUUUAAAUAAACUUUUUUAACAAAUCUUAAGACUGUCUUUAUAUAUAUGACUGUCUUAUAUAUAUAUAAAAUUACUUUUAUAAUAUUUUUUACAAUUUAUAUCUGUCCCACUAAUGUGUAGU